UCGCGGGCCUCGGAGUUCCACCAGUCCGCGAGCUGCCAUCGGCUCGCGCGGGGGGCGGGCCGGGGCGCCGAGCCGCGCUCUCGCUUCUCCUCUGCCCCCCACUCCGCGCCGCGGCCUCCUCCCUCCUCGCCGGCCCCGCAAGCAAACUUUCCGUCCCUCCCCGCCCCUCGCCCGUUAUCCGUCUCGGCUCCAGCCGGUCCGCGCCGCGCCGAGAGCUCCUCCCAAGCUCCCCCGCUUGCAGUGCCGACCAACACAGGACCCGGGAAAAAUGUCGACCACACUUCUGUCCGCCUUCUACGAUAUCGACUUCUUGUGCAAAACGGAGAAAUCCCUGGCCAACCUCAAUCUGAACAACAUGCUGGACAAGAAGGCGGUGGGGACGCCCGUGGCCGCUGCCCCUAGCUCGAGCUUCACCCCGGGCUUCCUGCGACGCCAUUCGGCCAGCAACCUCCACGCGCUCGCACACCCCGCGCCCAGUCCGGGCAGCUGCUCGCCCAAGUUCCCGGGCGCCCCUAACGGCGGCAGCUGCGCCUCCGCGGGCGCGGGCGGCCCGUCCUCCUACGGCCAGCUCAAGGAGCCCUCGGGGGGCGGCGGCACGGCGCUGGGCACCAAGGAGAGCAAGUUCCGAGACCGCUCGUUCAGCGAGAACGGCGAGCGCAGCCAGCACCUCCUGCACCUGCAGCAGCAGCAGCAGAAGGGGGGCAGCGGCUCCCAGAUCAACUCGACGCGCUACAAGACGGAGCUGUGCCGGCCCUUCGAGGAGAGCGGCACGUGCAAGUACGGCGAGAAGUGCCAGUUCGCGCACGGCUUCCACGAGCUGCGCAGCCUCACCCGGCACCCCAAGUACAAGACGGAGCUGUGCCGCACCUUCCACACCAUCGGCUUCUGCCCCUACGGCCCCCGCUGCCACUUCAUCCACAACGCGGACGAGCGGCGGCCCGCGCCGUCGGGGGGCGCCUCCGGGGACCUGCGAGCCUUGGGCGCACGCGACGCGCUGCACCUGGGCUUCGCCCGGGAGCCGCGGCCCAAGCUGCACCACAGCCUCAGUUUCUCCGGCUUCCCGUCGGGCCACCACCAGUCGCCGGGGGGGCUGGAGUCGCCGCUGCUGCUCGACAGCCCCACGUCGCGCACGCCGCCGCCGCCGCCCCCCUGCUCCUCGGCCUCGUCCUGCUCCUCCUCCGCCUCUUCGUGCUCCUCCGCCUCGGCGGCCUCCACGCCCUCGGGCGCCCCGACGUGCUGCGCCUCGGCGGCGGCGGCCGCCGCGGCCGCGCUGCUCUACGGGCCCGGGGGCGCCGACGACCUGCUGCCCCCCGGGCCCCCCUGCGCCUCCUGCUCGGGCACCUCGUGCGCCAACAACGCCUUCGCCUUCGGCCCGGAGCUGAGCAGCCUCAUCACGCCGCUUGCCAUCCAGACCCACAGCUUCGCCGCCGCGGCCGCCGCCUACUACCGCAGCCAGCAGCAGGGCCUGGCGGGGCCCGCGCCGCCCCCCGGCCCGACCCCCGCGCCGCCCUCGCCGCCCUUCGGCUUCCAGCUGCCGCGCCGUCUGUCGGAAUCGCCCGUGUUCGACGCGCCCCCCAGCCCCCCGGACUCGCUGUCGGACCGCGACAGCUACCUGAGCGGCUCGCUGAGCUCAGGCAGCCUCAGCGGCUCCGAGUCCCCCAGCCUGGACCCCGGCCGGCGCCUGCCCAUCUUCAGCCGCCUCUCCAUCUCCGAUGACUGAGGCAAGGGGGCGCCCGCGAGGGGUUGGGAGAGGCGCUGCAGGGGCCACCGGGCGGGGGUGACCGCCGCAGCCCGACCUACGGGCCGCCCAGCACUUGGACUCGAACUGUGCUGGGAGGGACCCCGCCCCUUCCCUUUCGGUUUUCUCUUUUUUUCCUUUUUUUUUUUUUUAAUUUUUAUUACAAGGUUUCAUUCUUGUUGAAAUAAAAGCCAACGGACUUUUUGUAUGAAUGAACAAAAUACAACAGGGCGGUUGUGAUGCGGAUAGAACAAAAGAUGCCAAACACUUGUUUAGGUCUCAGAUGAGUUUGAAACUCUAGUUGAAGAGUCAGCCCAGCACCAGCAGCUACCCGCCACCAUUCCAUCUCUCACUUGAAAGCCUUAGUUACAGUCCAGAUGUGAUAACUCUUAACCUUGGAAGGGGUUCCUGAUGUUUGUCUCAGACCAGUGUGAGCCAGCUGGCUGCCACCUCCCUA